UUUCAUUUCUUAUGGUCAGUCUGUAAAGAUUGUAGAGAUGACGUUUCCGAUACCGAUUCAGAUUAUGAUGAUUAUUUUUAUGACGAUGAUGACGAUGAUGAACUUGACCAAAGUCCCAUGUUUGUGAGGGUUUUCCUAUAUGACACAAACUUCGAUUUACAAUUAAAGAAAACACGUGAUGCAGAAGGCCAAGCUGCUAUAAGAGCAUCGGGAAAACUCGAAGUGACAGAUGAAGACAAGUUUACGUUGCUCCAGAGGAAGAUAAAACGGCAAAAACAGACCAUUAAAGAAAUCCAUGACCAUACCUCAAAGAUUUUGUCAGAGAUAAGAGAGAUGAAAAGAGAUAAAAAGCCCUCAACUGACUCAACAUCAUCAGAUGAAUCGGAGGAAUCGGAUGAAAUCUACGACUCGGAUAUUGAGUAAAAUACUGAUAACUUUCUAGAAUGAAAUCCUUAUUUCAGUACUUUGUAUUAAAGAUGAAUAGAGACUCCCAAUGCAUGUUUGUUUAAAUAUGAUUUCAGAAUGCCAAGUAUUAGGCAGUUUGAUUUAAAAGUCUCAAUGAUUCGUUUUCUAGAAGUUCUUACUGUAAUUUUUUACUCAGUGAAAGAUAUAAUUUAAAACCC